GGAUUUUCCUACAUGGGAUGUGUGUCCUCCCACUUUACCAAGUUAAAAAAAUGCUACAUGUCCGUGUGAGAAGCCCCUUCACCCUCGGCUUUGCAACCGGUGGAAUCCAAUUCAACAGAAUGUCCAAAACGAGAUUCUCUGUCAAACCCAUUCAAUCCAAAACAGAGAUACCCACUUCCGACCCAGACCCAAACCCAGGCUCUGAAAAUGGUUCAGCAGCAGAGCUUCGUGUUUUUUCGAGGAGAAAGAGAGUGAAAAGGACAGAAGAAGUUCAAAAGUUACAGCUUGAAGCAAAACCCAUUGCCCAGAAACUGGCUGUCCUACCUGAUAUUGAAGAAUUCGCAUACAAAAAAGUGAAUACAUCUACCAAUUCAAUUGACACAGGUAAACCACCUUCUAACUGGGAGAAAGUCCUUGAUGGGAUUCGCAAAAUGAGGUCUUCUGAAGAUGCACCAGUAGACAGUAUGGGUUGCGAGAAAGCUGGAAGUUCUCUUCCUCCCAAGGAACGAAGAUUUGCUGUCUUGGUGUCCUCUCUCUUGUCAAGCCAAACAAAGGAUCAUGUUAACCAUGGAGCAAUUCAGCGUUUACUUCAAAAUGAUCUGCUCUCUGCUGAUUCCAUUGAUAAAGCUGAUGAAGCAACCAUUAAAAGCUUGAUUUACCCGGUUGGAUUUUAUACAAGAAAGGCUAGUAACUUAAAGAAAGUUGCAAGCAUUUGUCUCACGAAGUAUGAUGGAGAUAUACCUAGCUCGUUGGAGGAGCUACUCUCACUUCCAGGAAUAGGUCCUAAGAUGGCUCAUUUGGUUAUGAAUGUUGGUUGGAACGAUGUUCAAGGUAUUUGUGUGGAUACUCAUGUGCACCGCAUUUGCAAUAGGCUUGGGUGGGUGUCACGGCCAGGAAAAAAACAGAAAACUUCAACUCCUGAGCAAACGAGAGAGGCAUUGCAAUUGUGGCUUCCGAAGGAAGAAUGGGACCCCAUAAACCCUCUUUUGGUAGGAUUUGGACAGACAAUUUGCACUCCCCUCAGACCUCGUUGUGGAUUCUGCAGUGUGAGCGAGUUUUGCCCAUCUGCAUUCAAAGAGGCUUCAAGUCCGUCAUCCAAGUCAAAGAAGUCUGGUUCGAACAAGAAGCUUUGACAAUUGAAUCUCAGAGGGGAAACAGAUCAUUUUUGCAUCUGUCUGCGUUUUGUACGUGUCUCAAUCCUGAUGAAUCUCAUGGAUGCUUGGAUAGCCAAGGUGAAGUUGUGUCUUUUCACCCCAAAUUAUAGGUAAGUUGUAUUGUUCGGAGAGCGAUUAAUUCCUUUGCAUUUUGUUGGAAGGGGAGUGUAAACGAGGGAAGGGUGUCAACUGGAAGUAUGUUUGUGGAAGAACUUUCGGACCAUUUGUAUGACUCAAAUCUAAGGUCAAAGUUUUUAUCAUUUCCA